AAAUAAGCUGUUAGCUUGUGGACUUUUAUUCUGAACGUUGCAACCGGAAGCACUAACGCUCGUUUCGCCGCUCGUUUGACGCAGCUUCCUGGCAAACACACCGUACCGUCUCUCAGGCGAACAUGGCGGCAACUUGACAACGGCAGAGAGAUGAAGACGGCGAGGGCUUGAAGAAGAAGAGACCUCCAGUUAAACAGGGAUGUAGUAGAGUAGAGUAGGCCUUCACCAACCGACACACUAAAGGCACAACAAGCAGCGUCGCCAUGUUGGACGAGGAUAGCGUCCCUUCUCGACCGAGGCCCGGGUAAAGCGGUGGCGGUGUUUCUGUAACGCGGAGAGCGGAGGCUACGCAGAGGAGAGGAGGAGCGGUUGGACUUCGCCGGUCAGCCAUGGAGGACGCGGCCGUUAGUCGUCUAAUUUCAAAUCACAACCGUUGAAAUUCAAACCAGACAAGCCAACCGCCACUAACCGCCACUUAUAACUGCCAAUAACGAGAGUUAGAAGAAGAAGACGUCGACGACCCCCCACGACGACGACGUCAAUGACUGUUGCGGCAGAGGAGCCCCCACGGCCGGUUCCCUAAAAUAUGACCAGGGGUGCUGGGACGUGUUGGCAGCAAGAAGACGACGACGACGGCGGCUUCCAACUGUGGCUCGAGUGUCCCCCAAGAGACAACCAGAAGCCAUUCACCGACUCCGAGAGGGCGCAGAGAUGGCGACUGUCCUUGGCGUCGCUCUUGUUCCUCACCAUCCUCCUCUCUGAUCACCUGUGGUUCUGCGCCGAGGCCAAGCUCACCCGGACCCGGGUCAAGUUCGCCUCCUCACACCUCCACCUGUCACCUCACACACACUCAGCAGCACACAGAAACGCUAUUUUUAUAGGAAACAGUACCAAACGUGUGUGGCGGCUUCUUGAAACUUGCCACAACCAGCAGCACCACCAGGAUAGUUGCUUCACUCUCGCAGAUGCAGACCACCUGUGCGGCGGCCUUUCCGACAGAGAAAGGGCUGUAAAUAUGAGCGAUUUGUACCUUUCCUUUUGUAACUCCUACUCCCUGUUGGAUCUGUUUAAAGGCUCCACCAGUCCGGACAAUCUGAACUGCAGCCUGGACGUGCUGCUCGGCGGUGGAGAUGUCGGCGGCGACACCAGCAGGUGCAGCCUGUGCGUGCAGGCGUACCAGCGCUACGACCAGCACGCCCAGGAGAAGUACGAGGACUUUGAGAUGCUCACGCAGAAAUACGAGCCUGGGGCUUAUUCGGUGAGGACGUGCAUGGAGCAGUGCAAGACGGCCUAUAAGCCCUGGCUGUGCGCUCAGUAUUUCCCCACCUCCCAGCUGUCGUGUCAGAGGAAGGUGCCGUGCCACCAGUACUGCCUGGAGGUCCAGCAGAGCUGUCCGUUCAUCCUGCCCGACAACGACGACCUGAUCCACGGCGGGAGCCCCAGCUUCAUCUGCACAGGGAUCCUGGCGGAUCAUGUAUCAGACAGCGAGGCGGAGUGCUGCGACGUCCGGUGGGACUCCAAAAUGGACAGCCCCUCGGGCGGGACACUAAAAAGGACUGCUUCUUCCUGCCAGCCCGAGGGGGCCUCGGUCACCUCCGCCGCCACCUCGAGACUGUGCAGCGGGCGGCUGAAGAUCUGCCUGCUGGCCCUCGUCCUCCUACACACUGUCAUCAUCAUUUCAGCCUCCCAUAACUCCACGUUGGUGGGCGUGGCUGCCAUUUUCUCGCCGGAGGAGAGCGCCUCUAACGAGGAGUGAACCUUGGGGUUGAAUCUGGUGCUUGUAAAGGAUUUUACGGUGUCGCGGCCGCCAGGGACACAUCUGGCGAGACACGCUGGUGAUGCCUCUACAGUCCGAUGAACCAUCAACCACGGGGAGUGGGAGGGUUUUAACUGGAGCUAAGGGUGCUGGGAUUGGACAUCGACCUGAACCGAGAUGUUUGAGAACCACCCCCCUAAAGAACUGACCUCUUGCCACUUGAAACCUGCUCAUUGUUUCUAUUCCAUCCAAAUGUUUUCUAGCAUAUUGUCCCUCCUCUCCUCCCUUCCUUCCCUCUCUCCCUUCCCUCCCUCCCUUCGGUGUGUAUGGAUGGCACGUCAGAGGAAAAACGGACAUUGAUGAAGUGUGCGCUCUCACUCAUCAUUACCUUUAGAUUUUUGCUGCAUUUCUUUCAGGUGCCAGAAUGUUUUUUGACAUAUCAACUGUGUUCCACUUCCUGCUCCCCGUCACCUUAGAGGCAUCUUCUUACUACCUUGUAUGUGAUGUUGCUCGAGGGGGCCUGUCAGGACCAGCUCAUCCAUCACUGAAAUGUAUGUGAUUCUUCUAUA